AUGCCCUUGAACAAUAUUCUCGAAGUUGAGUUGUUUGAUCUUUGGGGCAUAGACUUUAUGGGACCCUUUCCCCUGUCCUGUGGCCAACAGUACAUCCUGCUUGUAGUAGAUUAUGUAUCUAAGUGGGUAGAAGCAGUGGCCUGUGCUAGGAAUGAUGCGUCCACUACCAGGAAUAUCUUUACACGCUAUGGAACGCCAAGAGCUCUGAUAAGCGACGAAGGUACGCACUUUAUUAAUCGCAUCAUUCCCAAAUUACUUGCAAAAUAUAAUGUUAGGCACAAGAUUUCCACUGCCUACCACCCACAAACAGGCGGUCAAGUGGAAGUAUCAAAUCGAGAAAUCAAGUCCAUCCUAGAGAAAGUCAUCAAUGCAACACGGAAGGAUUGGGCACAGUGGCUGGAUGAAGCGCUCUGGGCCUACAAGACUACUUACAAAACUCCUGUAGGAAAGCUAAAAUCCAAGUGGUCAGGACCUUUUAUCAUCAAGACAAUCGUCCCACAUGGAGCUGUGGAAAUAAGAAGAGAAGAUGGCACUAACGUGUUCAAAGUAAAUGGCCAAAGAGUAAAGCCUUACUUUGAAGAUGGACUAGAAUGCCAAAAGUCAUCUCUCGCACUACGUGAAGCCAAUUGA